AUGGCACCUCCGACAAGACAAUUUCAUAGGCUCUCGAUUGGUCAAAACAUGCCUGAAAUUAACCGGGCCGAGUCCUCGCGGGCCGCUCACGAUGCGGGGCAGAGGCGUCGUUCGGGUCAUCAAGACGAGAGUAGUGAUGACGAAGGGCACGAGAGUGACAGCUCUCGUGAGGAGAACGAGACCGAUGACGAAGGAGACCAGGAGGAGGAGGAGGACGAGAGCAGCGAAGGGAGCGGUUCGCAAGUGUCGACGAUCCGCACACGUUCAGGCAUCACCUACGACUUGUCGAAUCUCAACACCGAGUCUGGAGCCAAAGCUUUGUUGGGCCUGACAGGUCAUUUCGAGGUUGUCAACUGUGGCACUUCUGCCACUGGCUACGAAUUUCAACUUCUUGAUCGGCCUCGUGUGCACAUCGGGCCUGGCAAGCCACCCACCUGUACGUGCACGACUUUUCAGAGCCAUCCGGAUGUGGCUUGUCACCAUAUUUUUUGGCUCCUCGAUCAACUCUACAGUUGCUUCUUCUCGGACCCUGCUUCGACGGAAUUAGCACUUUCUCACGAUGGGCGGCCGCGUGUGCAUCCGCAAAUUGAAGAGCUUCUCAGCGGUAAGCUGGAAGCGGUGGCAGACCGACUGAACUGGCCCUGUCUUCGCAUCGAGGGCGAUGAGCGACGAACACGUAUGACACGGGCCGAAAAGGUGCGCGAUGUUCUCUCUGCCUUCAGUCCGAAGGUCUUGCCCGAGGAUUUCCGUCGUGAUCUGGUCGAGACAACCGCGCAGUCGCGUACUCCAGAACAGUGCGUGGUUCAGGGUGAUCUGGAAGCGACCAUCUUCCGUCUCGCGGUUCACGAUGACAGUGUGUUUACGAGCAUUUGCAAAGCCAUGCCUUCCGGCGCCUGUGCGGUGAUCUACUUUGAUAAAGUCCAGGAGCAGCUUCGUCGUCUUCUGGCCGAUUUUGAUCGGUACUGCGCCACGGGUGAAACCUCUGUGGAGAACGCGAGUCCGGGUAGGGGGCUCUUCGAGGUCGAAGAAGUCGUUCAACAGCUUCGUCGGUCGGUCUCCCUGCUCCACACUAAUAUUGUGCUUCGUGCCCCAUAUGGAUCGGAAGGUGCUGCAAAGGCUCUCGUCUUCAUUCUUGAAGCCGUUGCUGCACGCAAUAAAGAUGCGUUGGAAGGAAACACUUGGGGAAGAGCUUCUUUUCAUGGAGAAGAUGAGGACCAGCGCAACUUGUACCAUCUGCUCAUUGGGUCCGAUGAUAUGGAUCUGGAAUCUGACUCUGAGCUCUUUGUUCUCGAUGCUCUGAGUGCUCUGCCUCCAGGCGAUCUGGCUCUUCAUCUUCCGAAGCUUCUCGAGAUUCGCAGCAAAAUCGAGGUCAAUCGUGCUCCGAAACAAUAUCUUAUUCGCCUGGGAGCUCUGAUUCGACUCGUCGAAGCCGCGAACACCGCAUCCUCGUCUGCGAUGGGCCAGAUGGGCUCCGGACAGAAGCGACCCGCGGCUGGCAAUUCAGGAAGUUACUCAAAGCGAAGCCGCUAG